AUGAACAUAGAUGAGUUAAUAUUGCAGGUGCUCAAUGAAGAGGUGCCUGUGAUAUCGCCAAUAACCACUACCGACAAGAAACAACAACAACAGUUGUCACCUGCCUCCACUGGCAGUGGUAGUGAUACAACGUUGCCAAAGGUCAAGCUACCGAUAUCACUUGUACUGCUGGACAACAUGUCUGAUCUGCGAUCGAUGACACCAGAUACAACACAUUCACCGACACUCAACUCGGCGAACGGCCCUGCACCAACAGUUACACUGCCCACCAGCUCCGACUAUGAGAACAAGUGCGCCACCAUCCUGGACAUCGUUCGAAAGAUGGUUGCCAAGCACAUCGCAACCCAAUCCUCGUCGUUGGCGGACGGCAGCUUCACCAUUGAUCUGGCAGUCUGCUCGUCCGACGAUCCCGAUGCGGCACUGGGCGAGUCCAUAGAUGGAAUAGAGCCUUUCUUUGGACCGGGCGGCGUGCCCGUCCCGAGCGGCGGUCGCUGCAAGCAUGUCCAGGCGGCAGGUGAGCGAUCGGUCAAGGUCAACUGGUCGAGCCUCAUUCUCAAGAUACAUCAGUCCCUGUUACAGAGCGGCCUGCACCAGCAACUGUUAAAGAAGCUGGCAAGUUCAAAGUCCAGCAGCGAGCACAAGGGCAACGUGUUGGAUGGACUCAGGGACAAGAAGCAGUUCAGCAACGUGUCGCUAUCCUCCAACUCACUCACAAGCAAGCCGGACCGCAAUGUCAAUGGCGGCCACCCCGAGAUCAAGUCGACCCCAAUUACACCAAUAGUCACAUCGCCAAUCCUGAAGGAGACGAUUCCAACAACACAAACAGGCGCAGCUUCAUUGAACUCGCCCAAGGCCUCCGAGUCCUCUGGUGGCAACAAGACCGCGCCAACGUCGCCACCACCAUCAUCAUUCGUCGUUUCAAAGAGUUCAUUCAAGAACAACAACAGCGGCACGAGUAGUCAGCCCACGCCCGCGCCUUCGCCCUCGUUUUCAUUGGCCGCACUGAUGGCCAACAGCCCAAAGGAGUCGGCGCUGACAAAGGGACUGAAGGAACAACUCGAUCGCGUCCAGCAGCAGGAGAAGCUGGCCACACAACAACAGGAGUACGUCCCAAACAACCCCAAUAUGAACAAGCUACCCAGUCAGUUCGAGACCGAUCCCGUCCUGCUCCCAGACGGCUCAGAGUACCCCAACUCAAUUCCCAUUCCCAACUUCCAGAACCGUUUCCCAGUGGGCCAUGCGCUGAGCCAGUCGUCGAGCUCAGCCUUCCAGAUCGGCUCGCAGCCCACUCCCGCCAUUGCUGUCAACAGCAUGACCGGAGUAGUGUCACCGGCCACCACCCUCCCUACUAUGCCAUCCUCAUACCAGGGCAGUGCCGGAUCAAACUUCCGCGCCACCUUUGACAUGCCAACUCAGUCACCCUCUGGCCUCCCACCAACCAGACUUACCGAGUCGUUCUUCCCAACCGUGUCCUCGCGAGGACCACCCUCCUUUGAUGGUAUUGUCAAUCAAACAGCGUCAAUGUCAAUCUCGCCAUCGACUCGCGUGCAGACCAUGCCACACCAAAUGCCAUCGGCAUCCCCAAUUGGAAGUAGUAUCCUUGUGGACAAUUCCCAAUUGAUCCCACCACCCAUGCCCAUAUCCAUGCCCAUCGUCACGAACACGCAGCAAGUGCCACUCACACUGAGUGGUAGCACAUCCACCAUGUUCCCACCUGCGCCCUCCUCAAACGUACCCUUGGUCACUGUUGUCCAGGCACCACCUCCCACCGAGCCCGCGCCAACCAUCGACACAAUGGUACCUGCGAGUAGUUCGUUCAAGGCCACUCACAAUGCACCUCCAACCAUAUCCAUCGCGCCACAGUCGAUUGCUGAGAUCACUGGCAAGAUGGAGCAGACACUAUCAGAGUGGUUGGACAUCUCAAUAUAUUGGACGAGCGAUGUGACACAGACACCUGUGAGUGCCGAGACGGAGAAGACCAUCUCGGACGGCGUCAACCUGGACCUGCGCGCGCUGUUGAUGGUCGAGCGAUCACGAUCGAGAGCAAGACAUCGACUUGGGUCGACCCAAUCUACUUCAACUGGAUCAAAGCUGGUCAACGUCAAUCAUCACGAGGAGAUUGCGGCCAAGUUCGCCACAGCCAUCCUCUGCGAGUACCCCAACAAGAUAUGGUCGGGCAAGAAGUACCUUGAGUACCGCGACACCUUUGUCAACCUGCGACGCAAGUUCCCGCCCACGACCGGUCCACAACCAGGUGUACUGCAAGUCGUAUCGGCUGAGGAGGAGGCCGAGUCGCUGCGCCUCAUGAAGAAGAUCAUGGAGGAGGUGUUCUUCUUGAUAUCCAUCCAGCACAGGUCAUCAUUGAAGCUUGUCGAGAAGCUGGCCAUCGGACUCCUUGGCCAUGCCGCGGCGAGCGUGCGACAGGAAGCCGUCAAGCUGCUAAACGUCGUGUACGACUCUCAUAACUGGCAGGUGGACUCACCCCUCAAGCCCGUGAUCCGUUGCAUUGGUGAUGCUUUCAAGGUUGAGCUGGAGCUCGAGCAAGUUCUACCAGAGGAGGUGUUGAAGCGUGUGUACCUGCUGACCACGAUGCCACCCACAACCAAGGUGUCGCUCGGACUGCCUGUUUCGGCCACCGUGACACUGUUCUCCAAGCACAAGCCACGUGUCGAGGGCACCAAACUGACAUUCGAAGCAUCCACAUCGUUCCACCGUGCUGGUUACUAUGACUGGCGCUUUGCCGAGCUUCAGUCCAAUGGCCAGUUCGUUCCCUUUGAUCACCAGUCGUACAGGCUCAAGACCUACUCGUCGCCCACCCCAACAGUUCCAGUGGGCGUCACCAACGACCUUCUGAUACAGGGUCGUUUCAUUGUUCAUCCCAAGCUGCGUGAGGAGAUCAUGCACGAGGUCUGGGUCGACCUGCAGGACGCCAUCUGGGACCCGUACAGAGGAGAGAUAUCAAAGAAGGGCAACAUCCAAAGUCUGAUCGACGCACUGGACAAGUACCACAAGGACGGCGUAACCACACUCUAUGUUAUGGGCAUCCUGGAGAAGGUGUCGCAGGCUCAUCCAUUCUGUCCGACCGACCGUGACCUGCCCAAUCGCUCACUUGGAGGCAUCCCACUGUUCAACACCUUGGUGACCAAGGCCAAGCAACUGGGCAUCAAGAUUGUCAUUGAUUCGACCGCAAGACUGUCAUCCAAGAUGGCUCACAGGAAGUACAAUGGCAGCAUCGUACACACACUGGAUCACAAGGGUCAGCUGAGUCGUCUGGAGGGCACAGACAGUGUCGAGAUCACCUGGCCCGACGUCGUCAUGAUGAACUUCCGCAAGCAAUCCGUAUGGGACAUGUGGGUGGAGGAGACGCUUCACUGGGGCGAGCGAGGAGUGGAUGGCGUGCGCAUCGACAGUGGACAUACCUGUCCGCUGCUGUUCCGCGCCAACCUCGACGAGCUCUACCGCCUGGACUCUGACGACCUGCCGCACUUCACCAAUCAACAGAUCUUUGACGGUGAAAUCGUCAUGAACCCGAGCGAGGAGGGCCGUAACUUUGGCUAUUGGGGCACGACCCCGCCCUCACCAAAGCAGUCCACGCCCUUCUAUCCCAAUCCACUGUUUAUCAAGAUGACGCGCGAGGUGUGGAACCGCUUCCCCCAAUUCGUCUUCCUUGCCGAGGUGUACUGGGAGCGAGAGCUUCACUCAAUCAUCUCGGGACUGGUGCCAUACAGCAGUGCCAUCCCACGCGCCCUCGCCUCAGUCUUUGACAAGGGCAUCAGCAAGGACGGCAUAGUGUUUGACCUGCGCCAACGACAGAGCGUCAAGGCGUUGUACGAGUACUACGAGAUGCGUAUGUCCACAUAUCCACAGAACUCCAUCAUCCUAUUCCCGUCGUCCACCCAUCACACACCCUACCCACUGCAGAUAUACAACGCUGGUGCCUGGGCCGCCGUCGACGCCCUCUUCUUCUUGCCCGAGAUCCCCAUCACAUACAUUGGCGAGCAGUCUGGCUGGUACUACCACGUGGACAUCCACUCAUCGCGUGUCAAGGUCGGAAUGUCGUCCACACCCUACCAACUGCAAUACCCUCAGAUCAACGGACAUUACUCGCAUCGUGUCACACUUCGCAAGAAUCACACGCUGCUGCGUCGCGGUGGUAUGAUCCCACUGCUAUGCUACCACGCCGCCGGUUGGCACGACCGCGUGUUUGGCUUUGCUCGUUUCUCUGGCGACGAGCUGGCCAUCAUUGCCAUCAACUUUGACAACCACGACACUGAGUUCUACGUUGACUGCAGUCCAUUGGCGCGUAUCUCCACCACUGAGACCAUCUACCGCAUGGUCGACCUAAUCAACCCGAGCAACCCACCCCAGUACCUCAGUCUGCAAGAAUUGUUGUACGAGAAGCACUUUGUCUCAGUUCCUGGCUUCUCCUCGAUCUGUUGGGGCGUGUUCCAUCAGGUCAACUCACCGGCAGCCGUUCGUGUACUGUACGAGCACAGUAUGAUUCGUCUCAAGCAACUGCUUGCUGACGACGUCGACCCAUCGCACAACCUCAUCUACUCGAUCCUCAAGAAGGGACUGCAGGCCGGCGUCACCCAGUUUGCCACAGCCCUCGAGGAGAUCCUCUCAAACCUCUCCGGCCACUCUGAGCGCACCUUUGCAUCGUUCAUCCAAGGUGUGCUGUACAACAUGACCAAGCAGGCACAGUUCGAGGGCUACAAGAUCCUUUCAUACUUGGAGGCCAUCGCCAAGAAGGGCCUGAUCAACUCGCGAAUCCCCAAGAUAUGCAAGGAGGUGUUGCAAUCAAACAUCCUUGGACCAAUCGUCUUUAUCACACCAGAGAUUGGACGUUUCUCCACAGUUGGUGGUGUCGGUGUCAUGCUUGACGAGCUCACACGCAGUCUCCAGCUGCUUGGUGUCGAGGUGCACAUCAUCUCACCCUACUACAACUAUGGCAAGGGUGGACGAACAGGCUAUCUCGAGAAGGAGGAGGGCAUCAAGUGGCAGAGGAACGUCGUCACUUAUGUCGGCCCAGACAAGGUGGAGGUUGGUGUGCACGAGGGUACAGACCGCGGUCUGCAUCUGCACUUCCUACACCACUUUGAGUACUUCCCAACGCCCUACAACUCUGGCUCGCCAAUACAUCAACUCAAGACCAUUGUGCUGUUUGCUAAGGCCUCACUAGAGUUGCUGUGCCAGAUCAGACUGUUGCCAUCGGUCAUUGUCACCAACGAUUGGUUCUGUGGACUGGUGCCUGGAUAUGCCAAGGCAGGAGCAUUUGGUACAACGUUCAAUGGCACCACCUUCUUCCAUCUUGUACACAACCUCGAGGAGGCCUACCAAGGACGCAUCUAUCCCGACGGUAACGAUGACCUCAACUGGAUCCAUCAGUUGCAUCGCGACCUCAUCAUGGAUCCACACUCCCACGUCCCUGUCCUCAAUGCAUCUCGAUGUGCAUUGCUGACAUGUAACAACUGGGGAACUGUAUCCAAAUCAUACUUGUUCGACUUGCUGAGGACCUCACACCUGGCCAACCUUCUCCAUCAGUUCCCUCAAGCAUUCGCACACUCCAAUGGAAUUCGUGUAAAGGAGAGGAGAACUCAGUUGACUACACUGGCCACAAGCAGACACGAGGCCAAGGCUCUGUUGCAGAAGAAGUACUUCAACCUUGUCGAUGAGACUAUACCAAUCUUCAGUUUUGUUGGACGAAUCGUGCUGCAGAAGGGUGUGCAUCUGAUCCUCAACGCUAUGAGGGAGUUGAUCGGACACUACCAGGGCAAGAUCCAGGUGUUGGUCGGAGGAAUGGCCAACAUGAAGGAUCCAUAUGCCAGCAGCUGCGCGUGGAGUAUGCAAGCACUCACCAAGCAGUUCCCCAACUCAUUCUGGGCUGAUCCUGAUGCAUUCUUUAGCGAUGGUGCCUUGGUCAACCUUGGAUCAGACUUUGGUCUCAUGCCAUCACUGUUCGAGCCAAGUGGUGUCGUACAACAAGAGUACUUUGCCGCUGGUACACCCGUCAUUGCGUUCAAGACUGGUGGUUUGAAGGACACUGUAUUCGAGUAUAAUCAAAUUGACGAGACAGGAAAUGGAUUCACAUUCGAAGCACACAAGCAUACGGACUUUGUACAGGCACUGCAUAGAGCCUUUGCCAUUUACCAGAGUCCACAUCACUAUGCCAAGAUUCGUGAACGUUCUUAUGAGUCUGUGUUGGACAUGUCAGUGGUCGCCGAGGCCUGGGCCAAGGAGUUCUCUCGUAUGCGUCGUUGCAUAUGGGCCGAUAAGACUCUGAUCGAUGAGACCUGCGAACAACUCUUGAGUUCCACCAAGAUUGGUGGUGGUGUUGCCAACAACAGCGAAUCUGACACUUCAUCAACAACAACAUCAUCAUCAUCAUCAUCAUCAACGUACUCCUCCUAA